AUGACCGAGAAUGGCGUGAACGUUGUUGCUGCUCAAGGUUUUAAACAAGCAGCAAUAAUUUAUGAACAAGCUCGACCAUCAUAUCCGAAUGAAGUUAUUGAUUUAAUUAAGUCACUUUAUAAUAAACCAAAUAUAAUUAUUGAUCUUGGUGCUGGUACAGGAAAAUUAACACGUUUAUUAGCUCCAAUUGAUGCUCAAGAAAUAAUUGCUAUUGAACCAAUAUCAACAAUGCGUGAAAAUCUUAAACACAUUCCUUUAAUCACUAAAAUAAUUGAUGGAACAGCUGAAAAUAUAUCGUUUGAAGAUAAUACAAUUGAUAUAAUUCUAUGUGGACAAGCAUUCCAUUGGUUUGCAAAUUAUCGUGCACUUACUGAAUUAAAUCGUGUAUUAAAACCAAAGGGCUUACUUAUACUUAUUUGGAAUUUAGCAGAUAAUCGAGAAAGACCAUGGACAAAAAUCAUGUGGGAAUAUGUUGAUUCGUUUCGAUCAAAGGAAAUACCAAGAUAUGAAACAAUGGAAUGGAAAAAAGUUUUUGAUAAUCAAAAUUUAUUUUCUUCAUUACAACAUAAACAAUUUACUUAUAAACAUCAUGUAACACGUGAUUUAGUUAUAAAACGAAUGUUAUCAAAAAGUUUUAUUGCAACAUUAUCAUCAGAACAACAAAAAACAAUAACUGAUGAAAUUCGAAAAAUUUUAGAGAAUGUUGAAGAAAUUCAAGAUUUAGAAGAAUUUGAUUUAAAUUAUUUUACUGAUGUUUAUUGGUGUUCACCAUUGAAACUAUCGUCGCAAUGA